CACGGCCCGACCCACAGCACGGAGAGCAGCGGGGCUGGCGGGAGGCUGCGGCACAGCCCUGGUGCGACCAUGGGGCAGAAGUGCAUGGAGAAGGUGUCCUCCUUCCUCUUUGAGUAUGACACCCCCAGGAUGGUGCUGGUGAGGAACAAGAAGGUGGGACUGACCUUCCGGCUGAUCCAGCUCAUUGUCCUGGCGUACAUCAUCGGGUGGGUUUUCCUCUACGAGAAGGGCUACCAGUCUCAGGACAGCAUCGUCAGCUCGGUGUCGGUGAAGCUGAAAGGCCUGACACUGACCAAUGAGAGCGUCAUGGGCCCUCACAUCUGGGAUGUGGUGGAUUAUGUUUUCCCACCCCAGGGGGACAGCUCAUUCGUGGUGAUGACCAACUUCAUUGUCACCCCUGGACAGAAACAAGGAAACUGCCCUGAGCUGCCGGACGCCGGGCUCUGCGUGCGGGACAGCGACUGCAGCAAAGGGAAAUACAGCCGGCAGGGACAAGGGCUCAUGACGGGCAAGUGUGUGCAUUUCAACACCUCUGUGAAGACCUGCGAGAUCUUUGGCUGGUGCCCCGUUGAAGUUGAUGACCAUGUUCCCAGCCCUGCCCUCUUGUCAGAAGCGGAGAAGUUCACCUUGUUCAUCAAAAACAGCAUUACCUUCCCCAGGUUCAAGGUGUCCAGGCGCAACUUGGUUGAGACCGUUACCAAACAGUACCUGAAGAAAUGCACCUAUCACAAAGUCACUGAUUCCCUAUGCCCUGUGUUUGACCUGGGAUACAUAGUGAAGGAAUCGGGUCAGAAUUUUACCUUCCUGGCUGUUAAGGGUGGAGUGGUAGGCAUCACCAUAGACUGGAACUGUGACCUUGACUGGCCUGUCCGGUACUGCAAACCCAUUUACCAGUUCCACGGACUUUACAAUGAUGACAGUAACGUUUCACCAGGCUUCAACUUCAGAUAUGCCAAAUACUACAAAGAAGACGGGGUGGACAAGAGGACUCUCUACAAGGUGUUUGGGAUCCGGUUCGACAUUUUGGUGAAUGGCAAGGCAGGCAAAUUUGACAUCAUCCCGACUAUGACCACAAUUGGCUCUGGAAUAGGUAUUUUUGGAGUGGCCUCUGUCCUCUGCGACCUGCUCCUGCUGCAUUUUCUCCAAGGACGGGACUAUUACAAGCAGAAGAAAUUCAAAUACGCAGAACAAGAGCCCUCAAAGUCGCAUAAGAAGGAAAAGGAGCUGGACAAUACGCAGUGAGAGGUGAGUGGUGCUUCCCCAGCCCUGAUAGCAUACGGCUGGCAGGGGUGGGGGCUAUGGGUCUCAAGGGCCUUCCCCUGGGAAGGCAGCAGGGCUCCAGGGAAGGCAAGGGGGAAAUCUGAGCUGUGGGCUGUAAUAUUUAACCUGGGGCCAGCAUUUCCCAGAGCAGGCAAGCGCACGGGAUGUGGGACUGACGUCGCAUCUUCGACGGCAGCAUCGCUUGAAGAGGGGCAGUGGGGGGCAAGACACCAGAAAUCACUGCGCACCUCUCUCUCGGCAGAAUCCACACUGACUGACAAACCUGCACCCUCUUCCUCCUCCUCUCCUAAAACACGGUUGUCAUCCCCUGUCACCACCCGGCACCAGCCCCAGGACCAGCAGGAGCAGUGUCCGACCCCGGCUCAUGGGACGGUGGGGCCCUGCAGCCAGGGCAGGGGCCGGCCGGCCGGGACACGCUGCGAUGCUGCGCGUGGGUUAAACCAGGGGACCCUCCGGGCCCUCCUGCUGCAGGGCACUGGGCUUUGCUGCCUUUGCAGAUACUUCCAAAGGGCUCCCGCUGCGCCCUGCCUGCUGUGCUGGGGCUGUGGCAGAGCAUCCCCCACCCAAAAAGCCCCUCGGGACAACAUCACUGCCUCUCCUUCCCCAGUGGCACCCUUGGAGAGCUCCAAAUUGAGGAGAGGAGGAGGGAAGGAGAGCUGGCAAGGACCAGGCCCUCAGCAUGGGAGAAAAGUGGUUAUUUUGUAAGGAUGUAUUUUAUUAAAAAAAAAAAAAAAAAAAAAUAAACCUUUAGUUUUUCUACUA